AUGACUACCAAGGAAGUCAUGGAAGACGUGCAGGUGGGAUCCAAACGGUCUACACCUGAUGUAGGCUUGUUGACUCGCAAAAAGUACAAGCCUGAAGACCUUCCAAUAUCCGCGGCCCAAAAUGCGGCGAUUGACAAGUUGCUCCACUCUUUCAAAAAGAAAGGUGGUUUUGACAGCAUUCGCAAACAAAUAUGGGCGGAAUUCAAUCAAGGUGAUUCCAAAUCUAGAUUCACGGACCAAUUGAUUGAAUUAGCGGAAUCGGAGAUCGAGCGCGAACCAGCACAUCUUUCGCGAGAACGUGGGAAAGCGGCGACGCUGAUAGAAGGCGCAGUUGAUCGAAGUGAUGUGUACAAGAACGUCGAAGAGUCAAUCAAUGCACUAGCCUCCAAGCAUCUCCAAAGUAUUCUGGACACAGUCCGCGCUAUCCGCCGCGAAGAUGUUGGGGAAGAGAUCGCUUCGAAAGAAGAAGCCUCCGGAAGCAAGACCGAUGAUGAUUACGAGGCUUUCGUCCAGGCCAAGCGAGAGGAAAGGGACAAGAUUUGGCGCGAAGAAAUGCGCAAACAAAAAGAACUGGAGGAGGAACAAAGGCGGGUCAGAGAAGAAGAGCAACGCAAGAAACGGGAGAUGGAGCGACAGAAAGAAGAAGAAGAAAGGGCUCGAAGGAAGGAAAUUGACGACAAAAGGCGCGCCGAACGUGAGCGACUACGUGAAGAACAAAGGGCACUCGAUGAGCAACGUGACCGUGAGCGAGAAGAGCGUUACGAACGAAGGAGGAAAGAGGAGCGUGAUCGGUAUCGUCACCGCGACCGCUCGCCGGCAUAUCGGGACCGGGGUUUAUCUCCUCGUGUCAAGGAUCUGAAGCGGGAGAAAUCCACGACCUCGAAAGACCCAACGCCCGCUCCAAAUCUUCCCAACGUCGAUGAGAAAUCAUUGGAGGAGUUUGCUUUGCAGAUGCUCCUGAAAGAGGGAGAGGAACUAGCCGCCAAGGCUCGUCAAAAGCGUGAAUUUGACUUUGAGGAGGCAGAAGCUAUUGAGAAUGGCCUGAAGCCGUCUGCGUCCGCCGCGCCCCCUAAAGCGUCUGGCGCCUCCACGAGAGGGCCCAGUCCGUCCAGAAAUUCCAGAAGGGCUGAUUCUACUGUCGGCCGUUCUGACCGAAUCGAAGCCGCAGCCGCAGUCGCUCGCGCCGCCGGCAUACCUCUCGUUAUGACCCUGACCGUCGCCGUGACCGCUCUCGAGACGCAUCCAUUAGGUCUCGAGACCGCUCUAUGGAAGCCCGUCGUGGCUAUCGAGACUUUCGGGAUUUCCGCGAGGAGCGCAAUUACCGUCCUGUACGACGAAGCCGCAGUCGUUCAGCCAGCAGACCGCUGCGUGAAAGAGAAAGAGAGCGUGAAUGGGAUAGAGAUCGCAGGCGAUCAAGAUCCCGCGAUCACGACAGAGACUUUGAUCGGCGGCGUCAUGAUCGUAGCCGCGGUAGAGACCGUCCUGGUGAUGAUGACUAUCGUCCGCGGCGAACUCGAUAUACUCGUUCCCCAUCUCGCCGAAGGUCACGUUCUCGCUCUCGUUUCCGGCGUCGUAGCCGAGAGCGCCACCGGUCAAGAUCUCGCUCUGCUGUUCCCAGAUGGCGCUCUCGAUCACGAUCAAACACCAGACGGAGGUCACGCUCUCGCCGCCGGUCGCCUCAACGGCGGACCUCUCCCGGCUCUCUAG